AUAUAAAUAUGAAAUCCCCAAACACUCCCUUUUCAAAUUUCCCAAUUUCCCCCAAUGAACAUUCACAAUUUUUCUUCUUCCCCUUCCACUUCCGAAUCCUCUUCCUCCGAUUCCUCUCUCUCCGGCAAGCCUCCCCCCCAAACCUCCCCCAUCCCCGAUAAAAUCAAGGGCCCAUGGAGCGCCGAAGAGGACCGGGUCCUUACCCGACUUGUCGAACGCUACGGCCCUAGAAAUUGGUCCUUAAUUAGUCGCUAUGUAAAAGGCCGCUCUGGAAAAUCCUGCCGCCUCCGUUGGUGCAAUCAGCUCUGUCCGGGUGUCGAGCAUCGCCCUUUCUCUCCCGCCGAGGAUGACGCCAUCAUCGCCGCCCAUUCCCGCUACGGUAACCGUUGGGCCACCAUUGCCCGUCUCCUCCCCGGUCGGACAGAUAAUGCGGUAAAAAACCACUGGAAUUCCACUCUUAAACGCCGUGUCAAAGACGACCGACGAAACUCCUCCAGUAAUCACACUUCCGAGGUCGGCGGCAGCGGUUCGUUUCUCGCAGUCGAUGAUGAUCCAUUGACCGCACUGACGCUUGCUACUCCAGGAAUCGUUGGCGGUGGUGAGGUGGUGCGGGAGACCGACCGCGUAAGUGAGAGUCUACCGACGGGAUUCUGGGAAGUGAUGAAGGACGUUGUAGCGAGGGAAGUGAGAGAGUACAUGACGACGACGUUUUCGGAAAAUCCGGGAUUUCGUUAGAAGGGUUUAGGGGGGCUAAUAUGUAAAUUUACAAUUUUUAUUUAUGGAUUUUAAAAUGUGUCAAUUUAGAUUAAUUUUUGGGGGGGGGAUAAAAAAUGGUGGCGGCUCUUUUUACAAAAGUUGUGUGCGUCACAGCCUGUCACGAACGCAAAACGGUCACCGUUUAUUAUUAUUCUUUUGGGCUUAAAAUAGGAAAAGAAAAAACCAUCCUUUUUUCUUCUUUUUUUUUUUUUAAAAAAAAAUUUAGCAACUUGGUUUGAAAACAAAAAGCCCACCAAUCACUUAACUCCACGUCGACAUGCACUUGCAAGUGGCGGACUUUUGCCUUUUUCUGUGUUCUCUCGUUCACACUCAUGCAAACCAUGCAAAAAUUAUGUGGAAAUCCUAUAUAAUAAAUAAAAAUAGGCUUAUUUAAUAAAAUUCAUUUUUUUUUCUUCUAAUAAUUCUCUGUUGGUGAUUAAUAUCGAAAUAAUAUUAACUUCAAAGCAAGAGGUUAGGUUCAACUCUUUUCAUGGCAUAUUUUUUAAAAGAAUAAUUGAAGUGGUAAAGUAUAUAUUAUUUGUAUGGACUUAUUUGUCCUUCAUUCUCAUUUACUUUCUUUCUUUCUUUCUUUCUUUACCAUUGAAUAAUGGUGUAUUGUUUUUAUUAAUUUCAAGUUAAAAGUCAGUUAUGUGAUUGAAAUUCAACAACAAUAAAAGAAAUAUAAUUUUUUGUCA